AUUUUCUGCGAUCAAAAUCGCUCGGCAAAUUACGAAAAAGGUGCCCUUUCUUAGUACCAGGGUAAAAUUGAAGAACAGACGGUCCCGUAUCUGCUAGUAGUAUAUCUUAUCGUAGAAAUCGUCUUGAAUAAUCUUUCUUGUAAAAUAAAAAAAACCCAACCCAAGAAGGCGGUGUUUUGACGUUUCGCGGUUGUCAUCCAGCCCCCCGUCGCCAACUCGAUCCUUGCUGCUUCCACAUCGCGUACAAGAUUGCCGUGUUUUGUUAAAGAGCCUCGUUGAUUUCACGUUAGAACUUAAAUUAGCCCAAAAAGUUAUCACAGCCGCUCAACUUGCAGCUAUGCGAUCAUCAUGAACGUGCAGGAUGGUAUUAAUGCUGCCUUUUCGGUGCUGGUUUCGGUGUUUAUCGUGAUAGUGUUGGUUUGUUUAGGCUGGUACCUGGUUUGGAAACUGUUUCUCUCCCGCUUCAAGCUGGUCCGUGAGCUGCUUGGAAUCGCGCAAUCGAACGAACACACUCCGGUCCACAGCAGCAGCAGCAGCGGGUUGGUGGGCAAAGAGUAUUCAGCGCACGCUGCUGGAGGUACAGUUAAUAGUGCGCUAGCUGCCGAGGGCAAGACGCGGGUCCGACGAGUACGACGUGAUUAG